CUGCCGUGGAGUCCAAACACGCGCUACACCUCCAAUCAGAGCGAGGCUGGAGAGAGCGGGCAGAAAACACGGCGCAGAGCGGCUUUCACUGGACACAGACCGAUACAGAUAAAAGGAGUAAUACCCACACUCUGGGCCUUCCCCUUCAGGGGGUUCACCGUCAAGUUCAGUUGGAUCUUGGCUGAGAGAAAGCAAACUGAGGCCCUUUUUUUCCUCCUCAGUAGCAGCCAUUCCAGCCCAUCCUGCUCUAAUUCCCUCUGAGCUUUGUUGCGCUUCGUGGCCAGAUGCACUCCACCACAUCCAUCACCUCGCUGUUCUCCUUCACCAGCCCGGCCGUGAAGCGCCUGCUGGGCUGGAAGCAGGGAGAUGAGGAGGAGAAGUGGGCCGAGAAGGCCGUGGACUCCCUGGUGAAGAAGCUGAAAAAGAAGAAAGGGGCGAUGGAGGAGCUGGAGAAAGCUCUGAGCUGCCCGGGUCAGCCCAGCAAAUGUGUGACCAUCCCACGCUCGCUGGACGGAAGGCUGCAGGUGUCCCACCGGAAGGGCCUGCCUCACGUCAUCUACUGCCGCGUGUGGCGCUGGCCGGACCUGCAGUCUCACCACGAACUGAAAGCCCUGGACUGCUGCGAGUUCCCCUUUGGCUCCAAGCAGAAGGACAUCUGUGUGAACCCCUACCAUUACCGCCGUGUGGAGACACCAGUGUUGCCUCCAGUCCUGGUGCCUCGUCACAGUGAGUUCAACCCUCAGCACAGCUUACUGGCCAAGUUCCGCAACGCUUCCCUACACAACGAGCCACUGAUGCCGCAGAAUGCCACUUUCCCAGACUCCUUCCCCCCGAUGCCCUGCAGCUCUUUCUCCACCUCUCCAUCCAGCUCUCUGCAGUCCCCCACUGCAAACAGCUACCCCAGCUCCCCCAGCAGCACCGCUGACCCUGCAAGCCCUUACCACAUCACAGCAGAGACCCCACCACCGCCUUACAGCAUGAUGGAAACCAGCCCUCCAGAGGACGUGAAGCCAGGAGAAUCCUCCAACCCCAUUAAACUCACCCUGUCUGCUCCACACAGAGAUUUGCGGCCAGUCUGUUAUGAGGAGCCAGAGCACUGGUGCUCUGUAGCCUACUAUGAACUCAACAACCGAGUGGGUGAGACUUUCCACGCCUUAUCCCGAAGCAUCCUGGUGGACGGGUUCACAGAUCCGUCCAACAACAAGAACCGCUUCUGCCUGGGACUGCUCUCCAACGUCAACCGCAACUCCACCAUCGAGCACACCCGCAGGCACAUAGGCAAAGGGGUGCACCUGUACUACGUGGGUGGCGAGGUGUAUGCGGAGUGCCUCAGUGACAGCAGUAUUUUCGUCCAGAGCCGCAACUGCAACUACCAGCAUGGCUUCCACGCCACCACUGUCUGCAAAAUUCCCAGCGGCUGCAGCCUCAAGAUCUUCAACAACCAGCUGUUCGCCCAGCUACUGUCCCAGUCAGUCAACCACGGCUUCGAGGUGGUCUACGAGCUCACAAAGAUGUGCACCAUCAGAAUGAGCUUUGUUAAGGGCUGGGGAGCAGAAUACCACCGUCAGGAUGUCACCAGCACCCCCUGCUGGAUAGAGAUCCACCUGCAUGGGCCUCUGCAGUGGCUCGACAAAGUUCUGACCCAAAUGGGCUCCCCACACAACCCCAUCUCAUCUGUGUCCUAACAGUGUAUAUACACCGGUAAACCUACAGCACAUCCAGAGGAUCAGCACAGGAGGAAUCUGCGUCAAAAUCACCAUCUCAUUUUCACUACAGCUAUAUGGUACAAGUAGAUUAUCUGAUGCUAAAAAUACCUUUAAAGGGAGGUUCCACCGAUUUAAAAAAAAAUCCUGUAUUAAUUAGUCGUUGAGAUGUAAACAAAGUCAUUCAGAAUGUUAUACCGCAGAGAAAAGUACCAGCUCAGAUGCCUUUACAGUGGUGGUGAUAGGAACGGGAAGCCUACAACACAAAUAUAACCAUUUUAUUUGCAAUACCAACAACCAGUGAACCUACACAUCGUCUGAAUUUUAAAAGUAAUGUUGGUAAUGGUAAAAAAGUGGUAAAUAAAAAUAGUGGUUUCUUGCCUUCUACCCACCGAGCGCUGGGAUAGGCUCCAGCACCCCCAACCCCACCACACACAACCCGGGAGAAUAAGCGGCUGAAUAAAUGAAUGAAUGAAUGAAUAAAAAUGCUUAAUAAUUCCCUGCCUCUAUUUCUGUAUUUAAAAAAACAAGUGUUAGGCCAAAGUCUUAUCUCAGCACUACUGUAAAACAAUACCAGUCAUUAGGCAGCAUAUUCAUAACUACUUCAUGUAAUAAAUUUCUGUAAGGGGAGCUUUUAGAGGCAUUAAAUGCUUUGGAUGUCUGGUUCCUAU